UUAUUUUAUCCUCACCAACACAGGUAGAUACAAAAUUGGGUGGAUACAACACGCCUGUGCUUAAAUAUAUUAUUUAAAUAAAUAAAAAUGUUGGGAUUCCGUUUUGCCUUGUUGUGCGUUGGAUUUUUGGCGGUGGCUUUCAAUAAUUUGGAAGCCGUGAGCCAAGCGGAUAAAAUGAAGAUCUAUGCUGCAAUGUUACCCUCGAUCCAAGAGUGUAGCAAGGACUACGGUGUUAGCGAAGAAGAUCUUAAGAAGGCCAAGGAAGCCGGCAAUGUUGACGGUCUGAACCAGUGUCUGUUGGCUUGUGUCUUCAAAAAGGCUGGAGUGAUAAACGAUGCUGGAUUAUUUGACGUAGAAAAAGCUAAAGAACACAUCCAGAAAUAUUUAUCAGACUCUAGUGAUCAAGCUAAGGCCCAGGAAAUCGUAGGAAAAUGUGUUUCAGUGAACGACAAGCCCGUUGGUGACAGUGAUGGAUGUGAACGAUCCAAGAUGUUGUUCGACUGCAUGAUCCCUUUCAGGAAGGAGUUUGAACCUUCCCGUUAAUCCAAAGAAUAUUCGAGUAACAUAAAAUAGCUUCAUUGAUUUGUUACCAUUGUUAGUACAUUGUUACCGGUUUUAUGAUAUUCAUUAAAUAAAUUAGCGUAUUUGUCAUGUA